UUCAUGCUACCGAACACAUUUUGGUGGUGGAACAUGAACACCGGAAGUAAGUAGGAGUAAACCCUCUCGCGGUGGAUGUAGAGUAAUAGGUCGGUGGUCUUGCUUUAUAGUUAAGCCCCAAACGGAGACGGCGUGGUUUCCCUUUUAUACCGAGUCCUAACUAUUAUGGCUGAUAGCACCAACCCGACGGUGUACGAGAUUUUUCAAAGCAUGGAGCAGGGACCAGCUGCAGCUACUAGCACUGCCAUUGCUCAGGCCUGGUUGGACCAUCACUGCUGUUCUCUGGGUUUCUUCAUGGAUGGGAAGUUCAUCCUGCCAGCAGACAGACGAAGCCUCUCCCUGACUGAUUCCAAAGGCGGCGUUGUGUGCAGCACGGUGUGCGCUGAGGACGCUGACGUUUCCCAGUGUGCUUCUUCUGCUGCCGCCGGCUGGAAGUCCUGGAGCAGCCUGAGCUGCUCCCAGAGAGCUAAGACCCUGCUGAGGUUGGUGGGCGUCCUCGGGCUGCACGGUCAGUGUGUGUCGGAGCUGUGUGUGCUGUGUGAGGCGUCCUGCUCGCCCACCGCCCUGGUCAGGCUGCUGCAGUACUACAGCGGCUGGGCUCAGCUCAGAGACACGCUCAUACCCGACUGGACGCCUGUCGGCGUGGUUUUAGUCGUCUCUUCUGAUGACUGCUCUCUCUAUUCCCUCAUGCUCAAAGUCCUGCCAGCACUGGCCAUGGGAAACUCUGUGAUUGUCGUUCCCGGUCGGAGCGCCGCCCCUCCAGCGCUCCUCUUAGCGCAGCUCUUUACCGGAGCAGGGCUUCCUGCCGGGACGCUUAACAUCCUAACAGGAAGUGAUGUCACGUUGGGCGCCAAAGUGUCCCGGAAUCCCGACGUGAGAUUGAUCGCUUACUGUGGCAACAAGCAGGACGGGCUGGCUCUGUGUAAGGCCUCAGCAGGGAUGGGCGUCCCCGUGUCCGUCUCCUCGUGCAUUGGUGCUACCUGCCCCUUUAUCAUCUUUGAGUCAGCUGACAUCGACAGCGCCGUGGAUGAAGUCAUACAGAUUGCUUUCAAGAAGAAGAAGGAGGUCCACUGGGUGCUGUGUGUUCAGGAGAGUGUGUCAGACAGCAUUGUGGCCCGGCUGAAGCUGCGCAUGGCGGGCAUGAAGAGUGUACCUCUGAGCAGCGACGCAGACAGGGUCCUGGUGGAUGCUGCAGUACAGGAGGCUCUGCAGCAGGGGGCGACGCUGGUCCAGCCCUGCGGUGCCAGUCCCGGGGCCCGGUACCCGCCCACGGUGCUCUGUGGGGCGGCCCCCUCCUCUCCGUAUGUCGUCACCCCCCCUCCUGGGCCUUUGCUGCCUUUCCUGACGUUCAGGAGCAACACAGAAGCUGUGCUGCUGGGGAACCACAGCCCUCAUGGCCACGCAGCGUCCAUCUGGACUGAAGACCUCACCCUGGCUCUGGAGACCGCUAAGAGUCUGUCUGUGGGCUCGGUGUGGGUGAACUCCAGCUCCGUCUCCGAUCCGUGUUUUCCCGUUUCCGGUCACAAAGACAGUGGAACCAGCACCGACGGAGGACAGGAGGGUCUGUACCAGUUCCUGCGUCCUUCCUUUUCUUCGUCUCUUCCUCGCCCGUCUCCUGUUUCUUUGGAAUACUCAAAGUUUGGAACAGAAGCUGCCCAGGUUGUCAUUCCUGAUAGCCCAGGCGGUGCCAGCAUCCCUCAGUCCUACCCUCAGUUUGUCGGCGGUAAAGCAUGUAAAUCGGUGUCAGGCUGCAGUGUAGCUGUUCAGGCACCAGGGGGCGACAGCGUCCUGGCCUUUUGUCCCGAUGGAGGCCGCAAAGACGUCCGGAAUGCCGUGGAGGCUGCGAUCAAAGUUCAACCUGGCUGGAUGAGGAAGAGUCCGUCUGCACGCGCUCAGUCGCUCUACUCUCUGGCUAAAGGUUUGGAGUCCAGGAGGAAGGAGGUUUCUGCGUCGGUCGGCGCCCAGCUGGGGGUUCCAACCGAGGAAGCUGACAGAGAGGUGGAGCUCAGCGUUGGCCGGCUCAACGUCUGGGCGGCGUACUGUGACAAAGUACAAGGUGGCUCCCCGCCCAUGACCCAGUCCGGCGCCGCGCUCUCCUUCCCCGAACCACUGGGGGUCGUCGGGAUCAUCUUACCCGACGACGCGCCCCUCCUCUCCCUGGUUACUGUUCUCGGGGCAGCCAUCGCAACAGGCAACGCGGUCGUCAUGGUGCCCAGUCAGAAGUUUCCACUCCCCGCAUUGGCUUUUGUUCAGGUGCUCCAGUCCUCUGACCUGCCUGCAGGUCUGGUGAACAUCAUCACGGGAAAUCAAGACCAGCUCACGGUGGCGCUGGCUAAUCACAGCGUCAUCAAGGCCAUCUGGUACUGGGGCAGCGCCCAGGGCUGUCAGUACUUGCAGCACACCUGCACCAGCCCGCUGAAAACCCUCAGGCUGUCCUGGCAACAGGGCGGGGAGGGGCGCGGCGCAGCCCCGGACUGGGCUCAGCCUCACCCGACCUUUCUGGAAGACCUAUGGAGAAACGCAGUCCAGUGGAAAAGCGUGUGGAUUCCGACCGCGUGAGACGCUGACCCCGUCCAGCAGCAGAGAGAACAGAAGGAUGUUUGGUUAUUAGUUCUUAUUAUCAGCAAUACUCAAGAUGAUUUACUCACUUUUUACAUUCUGUCCGAAUAUAUCAAAUAUAUGAGGACCAUUUUUUAAAUUAUUAUUAUUCACAAAAAAUGUUUUCACUGGCAGUACUUCUUCAUACUGUCAAAGUAAAAAGUGCAAUUCAAACUGAACAGUGCUGACAUGAUGUUAUAUUUUGUGUUGAAAUCAUUUCAUUUUCUCUGGAUCUAUCAGUGUUACACACAUAUUGGAUAAUGCUAUUAAAAAUCUCUGACAGAUGUCAGUAAAGUGUCAGCUUUAAAGUGUGAGACAUUGAGCUCGAUUUGGCCAAACCGCAGCAGGGUUAGUGGGCGGGGCUUCUGUCUCCAUGGUUUCAGCUCAUUCACUCAUUUAGUGAGUUGAAACGUCUGGACUUAAACAUAAUACGGUUAUUGCGACCAGUCUUCAUUUAAAUGUCACUGUUUUAACGAAUACUGUGCCUUCCAGAAUCUUCAGACCCUCUGAAUUUUUUUUAUUACCUUUUUAACCUAGGUUUGCACCAAUAGAUCCUUAAUUUUUGAUGAUCGGCGGUCGGCUGAUUUCUUACAUGUGAAACCAAUAUUUUCUACCUCUGCAAAGAUCGUUGUCACUAUGUUUGGAGACAUUUCAAAUAGGGAUGCACAAUAUAUCGCCACUAACAUCGGUAUUAGCCGAUAUUAGUAAUUUUUUUUAGCAUGUCAGUAUCGGUCCAAUUAAUAAAACUGGGCCGAGAUGAACAACCAAUAUUGUUCACAUCGGUUUCUGGUCUCUUCAGUAGAGAAAUGUUAGUAGAGAAAUAUUAGUCAAAUAAAAAAAUAUCGGCCACAACAGUAAUAUUAAUGUUGGAUACCAACAUCAACACAAACGUUCAUAUGUGUGCAUCCCUAAUUUCAAACAAAAACAAAAUAUUGGCUAGUGAAGCUUCUUAAUAAUUGGUGAUUGGCCAGGAAACUGCAACUGGUGCACCACUAGUUUAAACGUGACUUUAUGGGUAUUUCAUCUAGAUUUUUUUUUUUUUUUUGACAAAUGAACACAAAUGGUGCAUCAUUAUGAAGUAAAAAGAAGAGAAUUUACGAAGUCUAAGUUUGUACACUUGGAUUAGGCGACCUCUGAAGGGAUUUUAUUGCACUUGAUUUUAUUCAGGGGUGUCAGUGAAGGACCUGAAUGUAACAAAUCCCUUUGCCAGGGAUUUGUUACAUUUUUACGACAUUUUAUCUUUCUCUUUUCACUUCAAAAGGACGCACUACUAUCAUGUUGGCCUGUCACGUAAAAUCCCAAUGAAAUAAACUGAAGUUUGUGAUUUAUAACGUGACAAAAUGUAUAAAAGAUGAAAAAAGUAUCAAUAUCUUCAAAAGGUCCUAGAUAAACAGUUUUGAUCAGUCUCUAACAUCUUACCUAACUGCCUUACUGUUACACACCAGAGGUCUAUUCAGGUCCACCAGACUGAAGCGUCAUCAUCAUGGGCUUCUGAAUGACUUGUAGUGUUAACUGCUUAAAGUGACUGAGCUUAGCUUUCCCAGAAGGCUUCUGUGUUAACAACGGUUACAUCUUUGUGGAAUCGUGCCUGUAUCUGUGGCCAAGUAUAAACAGGACCGUCAGUGACUUGGCAAAAAAAAAAAAGCUAGCUCAGUUAAAAAUGACUUGUAUGUCUUUAUUACUGUACCAUAAAACUGUAACAGAGGCCAUGGGUUCACUAUGCAAUGUAAACCUUCUCUUCAUGAUGUGAACAUCUAUGUCGAAAUUGUGAGAUUAAAUGUAUUUUGAAAUUUUUGUUACCACAGACUCGCCAGGUACGUUUCUGUCCUAAUCCAUAAAUUAAAGAAUUACACAAAGUA